AUAACCACGAUUGUCAGGAUGAGUGGCUCUGUGUGCUCGAGUUCCCCGCCUUUUGACUACGACGCAUUCACAACAUACAGCUGAAGUUUGACGUUAUAAAUGAUCUUUUUUAUUAUUUCUUGAGUAUGUAGCUCACGUAUUUGAGGCUAUAUACUCUGAACGAAUCAGCUGGCAGCCAUGUUACUGCCAUCCGACGUUGCUCGUCUUGUUCUGGGCUAUCUACAGGAAGAAGGUCUGUCCGCUACAACCCAAGCAUUCAUUCAAGAGAGCCCCAACCUGAAAGAAUACGCAGAACACACUAUGGGAGAUGGAACUCUCCCUGCCUGUGUUUUUUCUGUCUUUGGGAAGGGACUAACAACCAUUUUAAAUGAAUAUAUGGCUGCCAAAGCCAAAGAGACUUGCCAUGAAGUACCUGCUAUGAUGACAUCAUUGUGGAAAAAGCUGGAUUUUACACUCAAACAAAUCAAAUCCUUACAGAAUUCUCCAGCUAUGUCAGCAAGUCAGAGAGCACGUUCACGUGCUGGACUGGCAAACUUGGCGAGACAACAAGUUUUGACGGUGACCUCAGCGAGCAGUCUGGUAUGUUCCUCGGAAACAUCCUUAAUCAGCAGCCAAGCACUCAGUUCGCAGAGUAUGCUUAGCCACCCCACCCCUGGAAGCCACAACUCCCCACAAAUCAGAGCUCCCCCGGGCACUGCAACAUCACACCAGUUCCAUGAUAUCAGCCGAUCACUAAGUAUACAAAGAGAUUCCCCGAUACAGAUAAUAGUGUCAGAACAACGGGCAAAUCCAGGACCAAUGUCCCCAGGGCGACGGAAAUGGGACACUCCAAGGAAAAGGAGCGCUGCUCUCGGAGGCUCCAGUGGUCCUGGUAAACACAGCACACCUGCCAGCAAUGUCACUGCUGAACCACAACUUGAGGAAGUAGUUGAUGAGAAUUUCCCUCAACUAGUGAUACAAAAUGCCCGUGACAAGAUUCUGGGAGACAGAUCAUUACAGGAAAAACUUGCUGAAAACAUCAACAAAAUUCUUGCAAAUGAGCCAACUCCCCAAACACCCAAGGCCCCAUCAAGCUCAAUAGAAGAUGACCAAUCAAUUGAUGAGAUUCUUGGACUACAGGGAGAAAUACAUAUGAGUGAGGAUGCAAUCCAUGACAUUUUGAAGCAAACGGAAUCCGACCCCGCCUUUCAGGCCCUGUUUGACCUCUUUGACAAUAAUAAAACCCGUACUGAUGGAGAACCAGGAACUAUGGAAAUGGACAAUAAGACAGGGGAGAGUGAUAAUGCCGUAUCACCACCAUCGACAGUCGGGCAGCUUCAGAGUAGCAAUCCAGGUGCCGCACUGCAAGAUACAUCAGAUGUAACCGCAGCAAUGGAGAAGAACAAAGCUAUACAAGAUCGUAAGACCAGAAAAUCAAACCCCCUUUUAAAGAAGAGUGUACUCGGGUCAAGCAGUAGGUCAUCCCAGAUAGAAAACAGUUCUGCAAAACUGUUCAUUCCUCUUGAGGAGCCGCCUGGUGAAAACAGAAAGGAAAAAGCCUCACUCUUCAAUAAUAGCGUUGAUGCACCACCAAUGGAUAUUGACGACACAUUGAAUACUUCAGCUAUUUUGGACAGUACACCCGUCACUAAGGACAACUCUCCCACCACAAUGUCCCUUAUCGACUCAACACCUGACCUUUUAUCGAGAGCCACCUCUACAGCAGAACCAGUCAUUAAUGUGGACGAUCAGAAGGAAAGUAAAGAAGAACAAGGCUCUCAAGUUCAACCUGCUGCAUCUUUAUCUUCGCAGAGUGAAGAGCCUGUAUUUUUGUCGCCUGCUCCAGUUAAAUUGAGUGGAAACCCCUCUCUUCCUUCAGUAGCAAUCAGUGGUGGAACAAUUCAAUCUCAGAUGAAUCUCCCAGUGACAUCUCAGUCUUCCCGUAGCUUAUUUUCUUCUGCAAGCGCCACCGUUUCUCCCCCUCUCUCUUCCUCUGUUGGUACACCUCAAACGAGUCCGCUCGACUCAUCCACAUUUACUUCCACCACAUCCUCCAUCUCUGGAAUGCUAGGCGCUGCUCAAUCUAGUUCGGCGACCAGCAAUUUUAACACCCCAAUGAAAGACGUGACUGAUUCCAGUAAUGUCGUUUCAUUGAAGAUCAUAAUCAGCGAUAACCCAGAUGAAGAUUCCUCAAGUGAUACGGCUUUGAAUCAGGCCAUUUCCAGUAUUUCCACAGAAAAGCUACCCACAAUCUACCUUUCCUCGCCUGCCAAGUCCCCCACAGAUCCUGGCACACCGAGAGGCACAAAGUUGGAUGAAACUGCACUGGCAGUUCAUGGCUUACAAAGGUCAGAGGCACUAGCCAAUUCACCUUGUGGAGCUGGGACACUAGUUCCAUUUCAUCAGUUGACAGCAACAACACAAACACAGCGAGGUAAUUCACCUUCUAGAGCUGGGGCACUGGUUCCUUUCCAUCAACUGACAUCAACAACACAAAUGCAGCAAGCUAAAUCGCCAAAUAGAGUUGGAGCACAAGUUCCAUUUCAUCAGUUAACAGCAACACAAACACAGAUGGCGAAUUCAACUAGUAGAGCUGGAGCACUCGUCCCGUCUCAUUCUUUACCAACGACACAAACACAACAAAGCUACAUUAUUCAGCUGGCCUUGGACACUGCUAACCCUGUGCUCCAAGCAGCAAGUACCAGCUAUUUCCUCAUGACUGAACCCCUGACAGCAGAUCCUUCAGGCAGACCGGUGCAAGCGCCUGCUGGUUCCUCAAAACUACCACUUUUGCGCCAAAACAACCCCUAUAGUGUUUCAGCAGCAACUCCUCAGCAAAGCCUUGUCCCUGGGUCCCCACUCAUCUUCCCAUCACCUGUUAAGCCUAUGAUGCUUCCUGUGUCUGUUGUGGGACAGAAUGUUCCUGGAAAUGUCCAGAUGGUGUCUAAUCCGCAGACCAUAACUUUGGAUCCCAAACUCUCGAUGGUUGCGGCCAAACAGUCCACAACCGGUGGAACCAUGCACAGUGAGGCGACGCAGAAUGCAUUUCAACAGCAUGAACCAAAGAAUUCCAGUUCCAGCCAUAAAAGAAUUUUAUGUUUUGAGUCAUCGACCAAAAUUCAGCCACCAACUUCUAAACCAGCAACGCCCGCCUCUUCACCUGUGAAUACAUCAACUUCAAAAGGUGUCACGCAGACCAAGAAAGGUCGUUCACGAACCUGUACAAGGCCUGCUAUCCUACGUGGAAACAGGCACAAACGGAAGGUUGAGGAUCUGAGGUGCUCGGCAGAUUCCAACGGCCCUGGGAAUUUGGUUAAAUCUGUUUCCCCUCAACAACAAAGCCACGUGAGAAAGAACUCUGGCAAACAAGAUGCUAACAUUCUCAAUCGAAAACCUCAAAUUGCAAGAGGAAACAGCGUUGAUGUGUCACAGUGUGAGUUUGUGAACAGCUCAGAACCAGAAACUACACCGAAAUCUGAAUCGGGGAAACACAGUCACAAUGAGAAUGCGGUAAGUGGAGCUCCACCAAUGGAUUCUGUUAGCUCGGAGUUGUCGUCUUCCUAUUCUCUGCUAAAAUCAGCAAGUAGUAAAGACAAAGUUGAGAACAACAGGAAAGAGCCUGCACGAGAACAGGCAGGGAAGAACACGCAUACUCAGGACAAACCAAAUGUGAUGGCUGACAAAGAAAACAAAGUGAUGGCUGGCUCACAAGAGCAGCAGCAGUCCUGUCACACACCUUUCGCCUCGGCACCGGCAGACUUGGCCCCUCCAGCUGUCACACAAAGUUCCCAAUCCACAGCUGCCAAAAUUCCCACAAAGACCAGCUCGUUGGCCAUACAGGCAGUUGAGAUGCUACAAAACAUUCAAGGGCUCAACUCUCCUCCCAGACCUGUUAAGAGAUUAACAGUAGGACUCAACAGCCCAGAACUAACUGGUGCACGAAUCCCAGGGGCUGUUGCGAACCAGGAAGAGUCCAGGAAGAGUCCAAGAACUCCUCUGCAACAGAAGAAGGGUAAAGAUUCCGAGGGAACACCGAAGAAUCUUCUUCCCCAUAACACCCCAGAGAUCCCCACCUGCAGCCCCGCUAGCGAGGCUGGCAGUGAAAACAGUAUCAAUAUGGCCGCUCACACACUAAUGAUCUUGUCGCGUGCCGCCAUCGCCAGGACCGGCUCACCACUCAAGGACAGUUUGCGUCAGGGAGCGGGCGAGACGUCUCCCACGCGUUUAAAGAAUUCAAAGAAACGUAAGCAACCCCCAACCACUGCCAGCCCCCCUGUUAAGAAAUCUUCAAAACAAUCUCCCAUCAAAAAGAAAAACCAGCAAAGGAAAACACUCAUAAAUUGCUUCCCCCAUGACUUGGAUGUGGAUAAGUUCCUUUCUUCACUUCACUACGAUGAAUGAAAGUGGACUAGCCAACGGGAAAGGGUUGCUAUGACAUGGCCUCCUUGAGUUACGUCCAGGAAUAGAAGAAGCCAUCUGGUGAUCCAAUGGCCACCGUUUCUUCUCAUAACCUAACCUUAGACCUUGUAAACUGAAAUAAAUCUGUUUAGCCUGUUUAGGCUUUAAUUCUACCAGUGUUGUUGGCUGUUGCAGCAGUUGAGAAACAUGGCACUUUUUGCAUCCUCACGCUUGUUUAGGAUUAUGAUGCUGUUUUACAGCAAUGGUUAUAUUCAUUGGAAUACUUGCUUGUUCUCAAGAAUGGGCCAGCAAUCUUUGGUCAAUAUUUGACUCGGUUUGAUGAAACCAACUAACAGUUAAACAUGUUGCCGUGUACAAAUACAUUUUGUAAUAUGCAUCUUCCAGCAGAUGUGUUAAUUUGUUUUAAAUGACUUUUGAUGAGUUUUAUGUUAAGAAAUGUGAUGUAAAAAAGAAAUGUGAAAUGGAAAGGAAAACAUUUGAGAAAUAUGUGAAUGUGAAAUGUGCUGGCCAAAAGUACAGUAUAUCUCAAACCUAGAAUUAAAAUGAUUGUAUUUUUGCUGCGCAAUAAAAUUGGAAUUCAUUG